AAUGUAAGCGACACAAAACGUAGAAAUCCAAAAAACUUCCUCGCACAGUCUCAAACUCUCAAUUCAACUUUACACAGUUACAUAAACAUUUUCCUCCCACACCGAUACAACAUCGCAAAACAAAAACCCAGAUUCUCCAAUGGCGGCAGCAGCAACAGCAUCACCCACACAACCCCGCAAACUCCCUCGCCCAGGACGAGGUGGUGUAAUCUCCGACAAUCUAACCGAAGAAGAAUCCCGCGUCAAAGCAAUCGCCGAAAUCGUCUCACAAAUGAUCGACCUCUCCAAAAAAGGCGAAACUGUCGACCUCAACUUCAUCAAAUCCACCGCAUGUCGCAAAUACGGCCUCGCACGCGCACCAAAGCUCGUCGAGAUGAUCGCCGCUGUCCCUGACUCUGAGCGCGCGUCUCUACUCCCGAAGCUCCGCGCUAAGCCUGUGCGUACCGCGUCUGGAAUUGCGGUUGUUGCGGUGAUGUCGAAGCCGCAUAGGUGUCCGCAUAUUGCUACUACUGGGAAUAUAUGUGUGUAUUGCCCUGGUGGACCUGAUUCUGAUUUUGAGUAUAGUACACAGAGUUAUACUGGUUAUGAACCUACUAGUAUGCGCGCCAUUCGUGCCAGAUAUAACCCUUAUGUCCAAGCCAGAAGCAGGAUUGAUCAACUCAAGCGGUUGGGUCACAGUGUUGAUAAGGUUGAGUUCAUUCUAAUGGGUGGUACUUUUAUGUCACUUCCAGCGGAGUAUCGUGAUUACUUCACAAGGAAUCUGCACGAUGCCUUAUCUGGACACACUUCUGCAAAUGUUGAAGAAGCUGUUGCCUACUCUGAACACAGUGCAGUAAAGUGUAUUGGAAUGACUAUUGAGACGAGACCGGACUACUGUCUUGGCCCUCAUUUGCGGCAGAUGCUAUCAUAUGGGUGUACGCGAUUGGAGAUAGGAGUUCAAAGCACAUAUGAGGAUGUUGCUCGAGACACUAACAGAGGGCAUACUGUAGCUGCGGUAGCUGAUUGCUUUGCCUUGGCAAAGGAUGCUGGUUUCAAGGUUGUUGCUCAUAUGAUGCCUGAUCUUCCAAAUGUUGGGGUUGAGAGGGAUAUGGAAAGUUUUAAGGAAUUUUUUGAAAGUCCUUCCUUUAGAACUGAUGGACUUAAAAUAUAUCCUACUCUUGUUAUUCGUGGAACUGGGCUUUACGAGCUGUGGAAGACUGGCAGGUAUAGAAAUUACCCGCCUGAACAACUAGUAGAUAUUAUAGCUAGGAUUUUAUCUAUGGUGCCUCCUUGGACUCGUGUUUAUCGAGUACAGCGUGAUAUACCUAUGCCUUUGGUUACUUCUGGUGUUGAAAAAGGCAAUCUUCGUGAAUUGGCUUUAGCUCGAAUGGAUGACCUCGGACUAAAAUGCCGUGAUGUACGAACAAGAGAAGCUGGGAUUCAGGACAUUCACCACAAGAUUAGACCAGAAGAAGUAGAGCUUGUUCGCCGUGAUUAUACAGCCAAUGAGGGCUGGGAAACCUUUAUCUCAUAUGAAGAUACACGACAGGACAUUCUUGUAGGCCUCCUCCGUCUAAGGAAAUGUGGUAGGAAUGUCACCUGUCCUGAACUCAUGGGGAAGUGUUCGAUAGUCCGUGAACUUCACGUUUAUGGCACUGCAGUCCCUGUCCAUGGGCGAGAUUCAGAUAAGUUGCAACAUCAGGGUUAUGGCACACUACUGAUGGAAGAGGCAGAGUAUAUUGCUAGCAGGGAGCAUAGGUCAACAAAAAUAGCCGUUAUCUCUGGCGUCGGAACCCGGCAUUACUACAGGAAACUGGGCUAUGAACUCGAGGGACCUUACAUGGUCAAAUAUCUAGUGUAACCAGACAAUUGUAGGAAAGAAGGUUAUGUUGUACACUAUGGUUUAGAUGUAGAUCAGACAUAUUAACCAUUUGUAUAUUAUGAAUUUUGAUAGUUUCCUGUCAUUUAAUUGGCUAUCUUCUAUCGAUUUUACAGUUGCCAACUGUGAUGUACCAGAAAAGUGAAAUCAAUCAAGCUUUUUGAUCCAA